AUGGGGAUCGGAAACUAUUUCAAGACGGAAAAGUCGGCACCUCCGUCAAGCAGCACGCCGCCGCACCAACAACAAGGCAGGAAUGCCACGCCGUCGGUAUCCGAGAAGCCGCCUUCGCAGAGAACGAGCGGCAAUGACCUCGAGCUGCAGCCGCCGACCCCGCGGUACAGCUCGAGACCGCAGUCCGUCUCGGGUCGGUCGACGCGGUCGGCAGGCAGCUCCUUAUUCCUCGACGACAUCAAGCAUGAAGUCAUGGUCAACUACCUAUACCAGCAGCAAUGCUCGCACCUGUGGGUUUCGGAUGGCAGUGGUGAGAUCGAGGGCGUCCUCCUGCGCAAGUCCAGAGGACAAUACAUGGCCUGCCCGCCACAGCUGGGCAACUCCCCCUUCGCGAUGGCUUGUGCCGCGCUUAAUGUUCAGUGCGCGAUGACGGUUAAUUCCAGAGUAAUCAAGACCUUCUUACAGUGGUCGCCAGAUGCGGUUGACGUACCCCUGAUGAAUGGCCUCCGUGUGCAGAUUCUCCCCACAAUUGACGACAUUCCCCGCGCGAGGAAGCACCAGUUCGCUGCCUUCGUCGCGUCAGAGGGCCUGCUCGUUGUUUGGGAUGACGAUGCUCUGCACUUGGUGCAGAGGGCCAAGGCCAUCGAGUCAGAGCUCAUGGAGCUAGUAUGGAAGGCCGGGACCGAGGAGGACGACGACGAGAAGGGGGGCCAGACGGUGGCCGAGGCCGAGAUCGACGAGGAGAGUGGCGAAAUCAAGCCCGAGAAGCGCCCCGUGCACCUGCAGAAUGCUGUGCUGGUGACACUGACUCUCAUCCUCGUCACCGUCUCGCUGGGAGCCGGCUGGAGACAGCUGGCCAUUGAGGUUUCGGUCGACGGCAGUUACCUCCGCUUGGCACUCCUCGGUCUAUUCCCGCUCCAGCUCUUCUUCACCCUCUUCUUUGCCCAGGUCAUUAUCGGAUGCUUGGCCCAAAUCUUCGGCCCUAUCCGGCAGCUCACCAUCAACUCCAAGUUCUACUCGGCCCGGCCCCCGCCAAGGCUGCAGUCUGCCGUAUUGCCCCACAUCACCGUCCAGUGCCCCGUGUACAAGGAGAGCCUCAACGCUGUGAUUGCCCCGACCGUCAAGUCCAUCAAGCAGGCCAUGUCCACCUACGAGCUCCAGGGCGGAUCCGCCAAUAUGUUCAUCAACGACGAUGGCCUGCAGCUGGUCUCGGAGGAGGACCGCCGUGCGCGUAUCGAAUUCUAUGCCGAUCACAGCAUUGGCUGGGUCGCCCGCCCCAAGCACGGCGAGAAUGGCUUCCUUCGUCGCGGCAAGUUCAAGAAGGCGUCCAACAUGAACUUCGGCCUCAUGAUUUCCUGCAACGUCGAGGAGAAGCUUGCCGCUUACAACCGCGGCCCGGAGUGGUCGCAGCACGACGAGGCGCAGGCGUAUGAGCGUGGUCUCAAGGAGGUCCUCGAGGAAGACGGCCGCGCCUGGGCCGACGGCAACAUUCGCAUUGGCGACUACAUCCUCAUCAUCGAUUCCGACACGCGUGUCCCAGCUGAUUGCUUGCUCGAUGCCGUGUCCGAGAUGGAGCAGUCGCCCGAUGUCGGCAUCAUGCAGUUCUCCUCGGGCGUCAUGCAGGUCGUGCACACGUACUUUGAGAACGGCAUCACCUUCUUCACGAACCUCAUCUACAGUGCUAUCCGGUACACCGUCUCCAACGGCGAUGUGGCCCCCUUCGUCGGCCACAACGCCAUCCUUCGCUGGUCUGCCAUCCAACAGGUCUCGUUCUUUGACGAGGACGGCUAUGAGAAGUUCUGGUCCGAGAGUCACGUGUCGGAGGAUUUCGACAUGUCCCUUCGCUUGCAGUGCAGCGGCUACAUCAUCCGACUGGCGGCCUGGGCCGGAGAAGGCUUCAAGGAGGGCGUGUCCCUGACUGUGUACGAUGAGCUGGCCCGUUGGGAAAAGUACGCCUAUGGCUGCAACGAGCUUCUCUUCCACCCCAUCCGCACGUGGCUCUGGAGAGGCCCCUUCACGCCGUUGUUCCGGCGGUUCCUGUUCUCCAACAUUCGCUUCACCUCCAAGAUCACCAUCAUCUCGUACAUCGGCACGUACUACGCCAUCGGCGCUGCCUGGAUCAUGACGUCGAUCAACUACUUCCUCAUGGGCUGGUUCAACGGCUACCUCGACAAGUACUACGUCGACUCAUGGAAGGUAUGGUUCUCCAUCAUCAUCGUCUUCAACGGCCUCGGCAACGUCGCUCUCGCCCUGAUGCGCUACCGUAUCGGCGAGCGGAAUCUGCUGUACUCGCUGUUCGAGAACCUCAAGUGGACCUUCCUGCUGGCCAUCUUCCUCGGUGGCCUCUCGCUACACGUGUCGCAGGCACUCUUAGCCCACAUGUUCGAGAUCGACAUGACGUGGGGCGCAACAAGCAAGGAGGCCGAGUUCUCGAACUUCUUCAUUGAGAUCCCGAAGGUCUUGAAAAAGUUCAAAUACUCGAUGCUCUUCUCGCUCCUCUUCAUUGCAGGGAUGAUCAUCCUCGCCGUUGCGCCCUUCGUGCCAUACGACUGGCGCAUCAAGGACUUUGUGGCCAUCCUCCCCAUGGCCACUGUUGCGAGUUCCCACUUCCUCCUUCCGCUGGCCCUCAACCCGGCUUUGAUGACCUUCUCAUGGUAG